AUGGGUGACGUGAAUGUUGUGUGUCUGUGGAUGUGGGUUGGGGCUCGUGCAUUUAUUACUGUAUGUUUACACACACAAUACUGUAGUUUUCACUUCAGGGAGCUUUGCUGGAGCAUAAACACUGUAAGUUUCGCUUAAAGAUUUCCUUAUUUUAUCUGCAGAAACACAAGGUUAGGUCAUCAGUAUAGAAACUGAUCCGGGGUCUGUAUUGAUUAUCUUAUAGUCUUUGUUAGAGAUUUAGCAGGCAGUUUUCAUAUCUGAUCUGGGAAAGCUGAAGAGCAUUAGAGGAAGGUGACGUAUGCCUGAGUGAGUUAUGUGUCUAUAUCCUGCUUUGCUGACCAAAGGUCACCUUUCAAGACAACAGCAUUGCUUUUUAUUUGUAGUGCUGAACGUUCACAGAAGCAGGCCUGAUUGGUACAAUUCGUCUAUUUUUACUUCAUGAUCAGAUCGCAAUAUUUGCAAACAAACUGCAGUUCCCAGAGAUGCAUUGGUGCAGGUGGGCAGGGAACUGGACGUCUCACCUCCAAACGCAGUCCACAGGUGAAGACGCUGAAGAUUGCUGCGACUAUCUGUUUAAGAUCGUCCUCAUCGGUGACAGCAACGUUGGAAAGACGUGUGUGAUCCACAGCUUCAGCUCAGGAGUCUAUAGUGACAGCCAGCACAACACCAUCGGCGUGGACUUCACUGUUCGCACCAUAGACAUUGAUGGCAAAAAAGUGAAGAUGCAGGUUUGGGAUACGGCGGGACAGGAACGUUUCCGGACUAUCACUCAGAGUUACUACAGAAGUGCACACGGUGCCAUGAUCGCCUAUGACCUGACCCGACGACCCACAUUCGAAUCCCUUCCUCACUGGAUACAGGGUGUGGAGCAGUAUGGAGCUGCCAAUGUCGUCUUUGUUCUGAUAGGAAACAAGUGUGACCUGGAGUCACAGCGGCAGGUGUUGUUUGAGGAUGCAUGCACGCUCGCAGAAAAGAAAGGUGCGCUGGCUGCGUUAGAGACCUCGGCCAAACAUUACCACAACAUCGAGGAAGCUUUUGAACUGAUGGCUCGGGAACUCAUAAUAAGACAUGGUGGCAUCGUCCAUCAGGAUAACCAAUCGGAUUCACCCAGAGUGUUUUUGCACUCAGAUUCUCAUCCUGUUGAAGAAGGAGUACUUCCAGAGAAAAAGUCAUGUGACUGCUGACAUUUCUGGUCCAAUAUCACUGAGACAGAUUUAGGUGACACUGGUGAAAAAUCAGCCGGAUCUUAUGUACACUUGGAUCAAAAGAUGAAGACAUGUUUUACAGUCAUGUCACAUAACACAGAUCAAACACAGUAACAAAUGAGUCAAAUCAACGUAUAUUUUUCUGUUACUUUAACUUAACAAAUUAAGUUAAACAACUUGAAGUUAAACAACUUGAAAAACCAAGUUGUUUUAACUUCAUGCUGCAUUUUUUUUUACAGUAAAGUGGAAGGCACCAAACAAUCUCACAAUUUAAUAAACGGUCUGCAUUUAUUAAAUUAACUCAGUAAACAUGUAUACAAGACAACAGGUAAACUUCUUUGGCACUUUUAUUCUGCAAGGUUGCACAUUGUCAAUGCAAUAAAUCAAUUCGGUGUAUUAUA